GCCAACAUUCAAAACGCUUGGCUUCUGAAAGACUCGACCGGAUCGGUCAAGAAUAGUGUCGGGCCCCAAGAAAGGCGAAGAGUCUUUGUGCUUGCACAGCGACGCGGUCACGAGCGCAGUGCCACGCGAUGCGAUGCCUCUUCAAGUGUACUACUUAGGACCGCCGGGCACUUACACUCAUUCCAUUGCUCUGCACUUCAUACAAGAGGGCGAUUCCGCAAGACCGAGCAGUACGAUCCGGCAAUCUUUGGAGGAUGCUGCUUCAGCUUGGUCCGAAGAUGGACACAGGCAUCAACAGUCGGUCGUGCCGCUCGCACUGAUGCCGUAUGAGAAUAGCACUUAUGGAUUGGUCCUCGAAACUCAAAGUGUUCUCAUAGGUCCAAGGCAUGGUGAAGCAAACGUCGUUCUGGGAUCGAAUGGGCAGCUGGCCUUGCCGAAUGAGCUGUCGCCGGUCGUGGUGGCGGAAGCUACGAGAGCUGUGAGGCAUGCGUUGUUGGGCAGUCGACGUGCGCAAGAUAGGCUAAGGAGGAAAGGUGGAAUGCAGGCGCUUCAUGCUUUGGAAGAGCUGGACUUGUCCAGGGUGACCAAGGUGAUGAGUCACGAGCAAGCUUUAGGUCAAUGCUCCGACUUUCUGACUCGCAAUUGUCCAAAGGCUGAGCGAGUCAGCGUCGCGUCUACAGCGCUCGGUGCACGUCUCGCAGCCUCAAACAUCUCCUCUGAGAACACUGGGAGCACGAGCGCAUGCCGCCCAUCUUCUUCGACACCUCUCUCUGCACAGCACGCUGCUGCGAAUGAUGAGGAGACUCGCAGGCUCUGGGGAGAGGCUGUUAUUGCCUCGAUCGUAAUUAUCGCCUACCCCACGCCUUACUUCUUCAUCGCCUUUGGAGUCAUGGUCCUCCUAUGCUUGUGGACCGGCACCUAUUACCGCACGAGCGCACGCGAACUCCUAAGGUUAGUUCAGGACGGAGGUCGUGCGGCGAGGCCCAUUGACAGCGAUAAAGACGAGGUCGUGGUGGCUAUCGGAACGGAGCAGGCAGCCGAGGAACUCGAUUUGGUUGUAUUGCAGCGCAACAUCCAAGACAGGGAUGUCAUUCCACCAAACUGACAUCCCUUCUUGGCGCUUUGUGCGCAACUGCCAGUUCUCGACCAGACCAAGCGCCUGUUCGUAUUCGCAAGGUGGAUCGCAAAGCCUUUCCUCUGGGCGACGAGACUCGGGGAUGGCGGAAAAAAGAGGAGAGGGAUGAUGCGUCUAGUCGCGAGACUGCGCAAGCGAAACAAGGUAGCGCUUGGCCCAGCGUCUACUUUGUAGA